CGUGGCACGCUAUGAAGACAUGUCGUUGAAUUUAUGAGGCAGUCGACCACAUUUCUGCCGCCCGCAAUGAAGCAUCGUGACUUCCUCUUCGCAGGGAUUAAGCGCGCUAGGCGCGGCGCGUCUGGCAGUGUGGGGUAGACCCUUACCACCCCGGCGAGUACGUACUGUCGAAUUGUUUACUCUUUGCAACCUCGCGACAAGCAACUUGCAGCGGGGUCCUGUGCCAAUUGCGACGAAAGCUCUCGACAGCUACGAAACACCUCCCAUUCGGCUGUCUCUGACAUUAAUUCUUUUCCGCGCAUCAAGGCAUUGAGUCAGUCGCAAUUCUAGAGCAUUGCCUGACGGCAUCCUGCGAGUCACAAUGUUCGGCCUCCUACCAGACCUCACUCCACGAGAUUCACACUCAAUCUGGUACACCUCCUCCCGCAGCCCAAUAACCCAAGCCGCCCUCCUCGAAGCCCACGAACACAACAACCACCAUGGCUCCUCCGCCCAGCAACAACAGCAGCAACAGCAGCAACAGCAACAACAACAAAACAGCUCCUCCUCCCGCCGCGCAGGCCACCUCCUCAUCGAACGCUCGGCGCUAGCCCGCCUCCGCGCCGACGAGCACACAAUGGACCGCCGCAGACUGCACGUGCAAAACUUUGGGAGCACGUGGCUGAAGCCGCCCGGCGUGCCCAAGACGCUGCACCAGAUCCGCGAGGAGCGGCGGGAGCAGGAGGAGCACGCUGAGGCGAUGAGGCGGGAGCAGGUUGCGCUCGAGCUCGCUGAGGCGGAGGCGGGCGGGGCGGAUGGUGAUGAUGGUGGGGGGCUGGGGGUGCUUGGGGAAGGGGGGGAGGAUGGGGAGCAGGAAGAGGAGAUGAGGGAUCUGGAUGAUGAGAUUCCGGAUGCUGCGGAGGAGAGUUUUGGGUUUGAUGGUGGGGAGGAUAGUAUGGCGGAUGAUUUGUCGUCUAGUGAGGGGCGGCCUCUUUCUCUUGACGAGAAUGAUGAUGAGGAGACUGAGGAGGAGGAGGAGGAUGACGACGACGAUGAAGAUGACGAUGCGACGGCCGUGGAUGAGGACGAGUACGAGAGGCGGGAUGGUCUUGUCGCGGCGAGGAUGCGGAUGGCGGACGACGCCUUCAGACAGGCCAUGGCAAGGGGCGACGUCGACGGCGACGACAUGUACGGCGCCGAAGAGGAGCUCGAGGCCUCGGGGCAGGGCCAGAUGCUCGACGAGGAGGACCUGCUUGAGCCCGGCGAGGACGGUCUUCUCGACGUCGACGACGACGGCUUGGGUAUGGGCGUCGACAUGGACGCCGAUCUGGACGAUGAGAUUCCCGAGGCGGAGGGGCUGAGCGGGGUGUAUGAGCAUACCGACUCGGAAGUCGAGGUGAGCGGGUUGACGAGCAGUGUUAUUAGCAGUGGUGGGGAGGAAGACGACGACGAGGAUGAGGAGGAGGAAGGGGAUAUCAGUUUUGCGCCGAGGGCUGCGCCUUUGAGGGCCCCGUUGAGUCCGACUGGGGAUCGGGGACGGGGAAGCGCUGCUGGUGCUGCGAGGCGUCAUCAUGUGCCGAGGAGUAGUAUGGAUCUUAGCGGGUUGCUUUCUGCGGAUGGGAGUAGUAUGAUGGAUAGUAGUCCCAAUAUGAGGGCUCAUAGGCGUUGAGGGGAUGAGAGAGAGGAAGAUGGAAUUACGAUACCCCCUUACCCGUCACACACAUUGUUUGAGAGGCGCGGAGCUAUAGACGUAGAGAUGUCCCCCGCGUUCGCGAGUCUAGCAAAAACAACAUGCAUACACCAACAUUCGAGGUUUAGAGAUGGUAGCGCGUAGUGGUCGCUUAUCGCGAAGUCACAAAGCACAAGACACGAGCAACCAGUAAUUAGUGUGGAAAGUUCGUAAAAUAAAAAAGUGUAUACACGGCCAUUACAAAAGCUUUUAAUUUAUGUCCCAAUA